AUGACACGACCUCCUUCCUAUACGCCAGAGAUUCCCGUAGUCAGAGUGUCCAAAUCGGAAUCUUCCAAGACUUUUGGUCCUAAAAGUAUCGGUCGCCCACUAGGAACGUUCUCUACCGGUGCCUUUCGGGAUGUGCCUAAGACUACCAUCGAGUUAUCGCAUACUCUCUCACGCGACCGACAAGAGACGAGGAUCGAAGAUACCCAGUCACGAAUAUGCGAGAGCUGUGAGUUGAAGAAAUCGCCCGUAUGGGACUGCUCCUAUUGUGAUAUGAACUUUUGCGACGACUGCUGGGGCAAACAGGGUCCACACAAAGCUGGUCGUACCGGUCCUGAUGGCCUUCCGCAUGAGAAGGCGAACCCUACAAUUGUCAAAAGGUUACAGGAUAUUUUGACUCCUCCCCAAGAGCACAGCGAACAGCAGAUGCUACAUAUCGAAGAUGAGGAUACGACCUGGUUUGGGAUGGUACGCAACAGUCAAAACUCGCCUGCAUUCCAGGACUAUGGCCGUUACUCAGCCAUCAUGGCGGACAGUAAUUCUGGCGAAUUCAAAUUCCGGUACCCGCAACUAGUAUCCUUCAUUGGUCAAACCGGGGCAGGCAAAAGCACGCUUAUCAAGAUGCUCAUUGAUCAACAGGAACGGACAAAUCUACCACGGGAUUGGAGUCUUCCCUCGCCUGUUGCAGGAACGUCAGCAAACAGCGCCGUACCCACUUCCGGCGAUGUACACUUGUAUAGUGAUCCAAGCACAUAUAACACCGAGUAUCCCUUGCUCUACGCCGAUUGCGAAGGCCUGGAGGGUGGUGAAAACACACCGAUGGCUGCCCAAUACCGAAACAGCGCAACGGCACCACAGAGAGAAAAGGGGAGAGAGGACUUUCCCUCGGGAGAGCAUCGGAGACGUCGCAAAGUCACCAAAAGCUUUCAUAGCACCCAAAGAGACAUCAAAUGGGCCAAUUCACCAGACACACUGAAGCGACAGUACGCAGUCACGGAGCUGUACCCUCGCCUCUUGUACACAUUUUCGGAUGUGAUCGUAUUUGUUCUGCGCAACGCAAAGACGUUCGAGUCCACAGUGCUAGGGUUGCUUAUCAAAUGGGCAUCCUCGUCAUUUGAGAAGUCAGUCAAUCAACCCACACUUCCACACGCUGUCAUCGCACUCAACGCGACAGAUACGAAAGUUGGUCAACAGGAAUGGGAUCCCGAACACGCGACGGAGCUGCUCAUGUCCAAUGUCGCAGGAGCUAUUGGUCGAGAUCCAGCCUAUAGAGAGCUACGAGACUAUUGGAUCGGAAGAGGCAGACGCAUUCGCACCAUGAAGGACCUUCUCGAGUGUUAUUACUCUUCCAUUACGGUUGUACGAAUCCCGGGCGAAGGCCGAUAUAUGAUGAUCGAUGAUCAAGUCAAGAAAUUACACCAAGUGAUCACUCGCCGGUGCGCCGAGUCAUUCAACGCUAAACGAAGGUCGCGUAUGCUUUCCAACUCGGAGAACCUCAACGUCUAUCUACAGUGCGCAUUCGAUCAUUUCUCACAGGAUCUACAUACACCAUUUAACUUUAUGGACAUUUCGUUCAAGAUCAACCCUAUCCCUCUGGACUUUGGAGGCAACAUCCUAAAACUGGCUGUCGCAAUGAAGGCUCAGUUUGACGACCCGAGGAAGAUCUUCAAAGAACUGAGUCUUAUGGUAGCUUCUUGUAUACUGCUAGACUGCGUUCGGCAGGACCUAAAAGGAUCGGCAGAACAGAUCUUGGAAACACAAUAUAUCGCCCACUGUGAUAGCGCCCUUGACGACUUCUGCGCUAUAUUCUGGCCGUGCCCUUAUCAAUCGAGCUUCACGUUCGACGACUUUUGUGAAGACUGGUUUGACCACCUCAAGUAUUACUUAAUCGAAAUCAAACAAAAGCUUGAGUUGCAGAUAACAUUGUCCCCAUCAGCGGAGGAGGAUGAUGUGGUCACUAAACUCCAUCUCGCGAACGUCACAAACUUCUAUCAUCACAUGGGCGGCGCCCGGAACUUUGUCAGUCAUACUACCUGCUUCUGCUGUCUGAGGGAGUUGGCGGAGCAUCCCUUACCUUGUGCGCACGUGCUUUGCACAGCAUGUGUCAAGGGUUACGGCAACCCACAUCGGGAACUCUCAGGCUCAUUUACAAUCGCCAAAUGCCCGCUACACGACUACGAGGCUAUCUUCUCUGCCCCAGUAGAGAUUUACUUCAAGCCGCCAUUGGCAGGUUUGCGGAUUCUGUCUCUUGACGGAGGUGGUGUGAGAGGGAUAGUCAUCCUGGAAGUUCUUCGCCAGAUACAACAAGAACUAGGCGGCCGUAUCAAAGUCCAGGAGUUUUUCGACCUCAUCGUUGGUACCAGUACUGGAGGUAUCUUAGCGCUUGGUCUUGGUGUCAAGAACUGGCCGGUAGAUCGUUGCAAAGAGCUUUUUCUCGGGAUGGUAGAGAAGGCAUUUACACCCAAAUUCUUUGGAGGGGUCAGCCUGGGAACUAACAAAUACCACACGAAAUCUCUCGAAGAAGCAUUCGCUGAGUGUUUCAAAGAUGAAACUAUGUUCGGUGGGAGGCGCCGAGCUCCGCUUGCUAGCAUGUGCAAAGUUGCCGUCACCUCUGCAACUGAGACUGCAGAGCAAGCAGUCAUCUUCACAAACUACAACCGUGCAGACGAUGAGCAGAUAGGCUACCAGCUGAUUCGGCCAGAUGAUCCAAAGAACGAUGUCCUGAUCCGGGAAGCUGCGCGAGCAACUUCGGCCGCCCCUACGUACUUCAAGCCAUUCAGGAACCCACGUACGAUGGAGGGUUAUGUGGACGGUGCCGUCUUUCACAACAACCCUGUUCGAAUUGCCAACUACGAAAGCAAGCUUCUUUGGCCCGAUGCUGAUCAGCGACCUCCAGACAUUCUUCUCUCGAUAGGAACUGGUCAACAUGGAGCUGACACUGACAACUUUCUCGAUGCAUCACGAUACGACAGCAGGCGCUUCCAGAUCCGAAAGAUGAUCAACCAGGUCAAGCCUACCCCAAGCGUAAAACGAUCCAUGCCAGUACUGAGAGCAUUCCCCGAGAUCGAAUCAUGGCUCACAAUCUUCAAAAAACGGGUUGAAAGUGCUUUAGAUGCCGAGGCUACAUGGAGAGAGUUCCGUAAAGAUGUAGUCGGAACAGCUCCGUAUGCUGCAGCUGAGCGAUAUGUCCGUUUCAAUCCGAGCACGGCCAGUCGCAUUCCCAAAAUGGACGACAAAUCGCAGAUCGACACUUUGAUGGAAGAUGUUAUCAAUAAUCUUCGCGGACACGACUCGAGGAUGAAGGUAAAAAAUAUCGCGCGACGACUUGUUGCCAGUUCGUUCUACUUUGAAAGGUCCUGUCCUGCGAGGCGUACUGAUGAUCACAUUAUUGUGCAAGGCAAUAUUCAGUGCAGAUUCGCCGCAGGGUCCCAGAACCUUCGAGAGCUAGGGGACUAUAUACGGAAGCACCAACUGCCUCAUUUCCAGCCGUUCUUUCGCAUACAGGAAACCAUGCGCGAUGAAUCAACUCAAUUCAUACAAGUCACAACGCAAACCAUUCGUGACAUGACAGAAAGAGGACUGUUUCGUCUGGAUUCAGUUGUUAUACCGGUAGCUUCAGAGUCAGCAGAAGUAUCGAUUGAUCUACAUCUUACCGACGAUCGCACUACACGGUGCGGAUUACCUAUCAGCGGCUUUCCAGGGCAUCUCGCAGAUGGCGAACCAAUCAGGAGAACCUCUUCUCAUUCAGUUUCACCGAAACCUGAACGUCCCAAGGUAUUCAACAAAAGACAGUCUCUCCGUGAGAAACGGCGAGAACGCCCAGUGAGCGACAGCAACGUUCCGCACACAACCCACAAUGAGCAUGCCACGGCCUUAAGCCGGAGUUCAAGUAUUGAUUACCCCGAGAUGCCUGGUGACGUCCCUGACUGGGUUCAUCGUCGUAGUGAAGCCCGUCGUGGACCGCCCAGGCCGAUGCAAAAUUUCCCACAUCAGGAGCAACACAAUGUCGCUCCGGCUGUUGAAGACAAUGUAGACCUGUACGAGCUUGAUGCAGGGUCUCUACAUCCGACGGGAUUAAACGGCAACGGAGUACCGCGGACAAUUUCACCAGGCGAAUGGAGACAGGAUCAUAGGGGGCAAGAGGCUGUUCGAAGCGAUGAUGCUGAUGAUGAGGAUCUUGCAAAGGCGAUAGAGCUUAGUCAACAGGAAGCAUUUUCCGCACGAAGAAGAAUCAGUACGGGAGGUUUUGAUGAAGAUCAGAUUGUCGAGGCACUGAAUAGAUCCUUGCUCAUUUCGGGUAGGUCGUAA